AUGCCGGACAUCAAGGUGCACGUCUCGCCGAGCUGCCGCAUGUUUUUUCACGAAGACGACUUUGAGGUUGAGCACUUGCGCCAAGGCUGCUGCACGUACUGCUGGGAAAAACCUGCCUCGCUGCUGAGAACUUCCAGUCAAACUCUGCUGAUUGCGAUCAUUGUGCCCGAAGAAGCCGAGAUCACGCGCCUCGCAGCGUCUUUGGUUGUGACGGGCACCUUUGCUGAGCUCUGUGCGCAUGCCGCCAUCAACGAAGCGGUCCUUCGCGACAUUGUGGCUGUCGGAAAGAAGGGAAAGCUCCACGGUUUCGAGCUGAUCAAGGCGCUGCUGCUGCACCCUGAGCCGUUUACGAUUGAAAACAACCUCGCAACGCCGACGUUCAAGGUCAAGCGCAGCGAGGUCAAAAAGGUAUUUGGCGCCGAAAUCCAAGCGCUGUACGCCAAGACGGGCGACGUUGUCGCGGGUAAAAACGUCAGCCAACACUAA